AUGUUGCCAUCAUCGUGUUUUGGUUACAGUAAUUGGAGUGGUAGAGCCACUGAUGAUGAUGACUUUGAAAGCUUUCUCUAUUCACCAACAAAUGAGGAGCAAAUUAAUACUUCGGAAGAGAUUAAUUUAAAUAUGAAUAAUUCUAUUAACACGACGGAUCGGAACCAACAUCAAUCUAUCUGUCAGAAUAAUACUGUGCCGGUACAAUCAAUUAAUUCUUCAUCAAUGGUUGAAAAGAAUGAAUACACAUGUUUGUCAUGUCGAAAAUUACACAGAAAAUGUGACAAAUUACUUCCAUCAUGUUCUUAUUGUUCAAAGAGAGGAUAUAAUUGUAUAUAUGAAAAACCAAAGAGAAGUGUAAAACCAAAUCAACCAAACUUUGUGUUUGUUGAUGAAGGAAGAAAGCUAACUAAUCAUCGAAUAAGUCAACCAACAGCAGCAACAACGAACAAAUCAAUUUCGUUGUGGUGA